AUGGUGCCCAGGACAGGAGGUUGGGACUGCCUGCUGCUGACGGUGGCGGCUGCCCUGACCCAGCUCGUGGGGUCCCCUGGUUGCUUCGGAUCCCAGAUUGUUGGAGGUCAUGAGGUGAUUCCACAUUCCCGGCCCUACAUGGUCUCUGUGAGCUUCGAGGGCCAUCACCACUGCGGAGGCUUCCUGCUCAGUGCCCGCUGGGUGGUGUCAGCUGCCCAUUGCUUCAGGGACAGGGACCCCUCCACCAGCCUGGUGGUGCUCGGGGCCCACGCCCUGCUCAGCCCGGAGCCCACACAACAGGUAUUUAGCAUUGCAGCUGUUGCCAGGCACCCCAGCUUCCAGCCUGCCACACAGGCCAACGACAUCUGUCUGCUACAGCUGAAUGGCUCUGCUGUCCUGGGCCCUGCUGUGAGGCCAUUGCGAUUGCCACGGAGAGGUGCCAGGCCACCCUCAGCAGGCACGCGUUGCCACGUAUCCGGCUGGGGCUUCGUGUCUGACUCCGAGGCUCCUCCCCCCGGCCUGAUGGAAGCAGAUGUGCGAGUACUGGACCUGAGCAUCUGCAACAGCUCCUGGCAAGGCCUGCUGAGUCCCGCCAUGCUCUGCACCCAGAGCGGGGACCGCCGGUGGCGUGGUUUCUGCUGGGCAGACUCUGGGGGGCCAUUGGUCUGUGGAAGCCGGGCCCACGGCCUUGCCUCUUUCUCAGGCCUCUGGUGUGGUGACCCCAAGACCCCGGAUGUCUACACUCAAGUGUCAGCAUUUGUGCCCUGGAUCUGGGAUGUGGUUCGGGGAAGUUCCUCCCCUGGUUCUGCGGAAUGAUCUGUGAGGGCUGUUUGACUCUCAGCCCCCUGCUGGGA